GUCAGGACGGAGGGUUUGCCAUGCUGAGCGCAGCGGCCCUAAUCCUCUGGCUGGGGGCCACGCUGGCUAAUGCCGAGGACUCGUGCCCAGAAGUGAAAGUUCUAGGAAUUGGCGACUCGGAGAAGCUGACUAUACUCAGAGGAUGUCCGGGGAGUCCAGGGUCUAAUGGUCUGAAAGGGGACGUUGGAUCCCCAGGGCAGAAAGGUUCCAGCGGAGACGCAGGAAAGGCCGGCCCCCCGGGACAAAAAGGAGAGAAGGGGGACGUCGGCGCUCAGGACUCGUCAUAUACCCCAAGGAACUGUAAGGAGCUGCAGCACCAGGGGGCCGUGCUGAGCGACUGGUACACCGUAUACCCCGACGGCCGGACCCCGCUGAAGGUGCUGUGCGACAUGCACACCGACGGAGGAGGCUGGAUAGUCUUCCAGAGACGCUGGGACGGGUCGGUGGACUUCUUUCGUGACUGGAAUUCUUACAAGGUGGGGUUUGGAAGUCGCCUCAACGAGUUUUGGCUGGGAAACGAAAAUCUCCACACCCUGACGUCUUCAGGUACGUGGGAGCUACAGGUUGAUCUACAAGACUUUGAAAACACGAAAUACGUGGCUAAAUAUUCAUCCUUUAAGGUUUCUGGAGAGUCCGAUCUUUAUAAAUUAUCGCUGGGAGAUUUCAAGGAGGGGAAUGCAGGAGACGCGUUGAUUUAUCACAAUAACAUGAACUUCAGCACCAAAGAUCGAGACAACGACCUGAACGGCGGGCCGUGCGCCAUUACCACCAAGGCGGGCUGGUGGUUCAACAGCUGCUUCUAUUCAAACCUCAAUGGGCUCUAUCAUCUAAAUAACGGAAUCCAAUACGGAGUGAACUGGAGGACAGCCAAAAACAAUUUCUACUCCUACAAACACUCGGAGAUGAAGAUCCGAGCCGUUCACUGACGCAGCAAAGGCAGGAGGAGGAAUGGAUGACGAUGAGAGCGCGAAACGCGUCGGCUUCACUUAAUUCGCCCCUCUUUUACUGCUUAUGGUUUUUAUGGCUUUUAUUCCAAUAAAAUUUUGUUUAUCUGACCUAACCUUACACCCAAAA